CACCGGAUAUCCGGUGGGAAGGGAGGGUCCGGGGAGGGGUGUCGGAGCAGCUGCCCCGAGCUCUGCGUGGAAAGAGGAUUUAGGGCAGGGGGUCGCCAUGGUAAGAAUGGGGUGGGGAGGGGCUUGAAAUAUGGGGCUCAGCCGGAGGGGGAGGGAAGGCAGGGUCAGCAAUGGGGGCCCCCAAAUCCAGGGGUCCAGGGUGUUGGGUGUGGGGCGGGAAAGAGGUUGCUGGUGGAAGAAAUAAUGAUAAUUCCAAUUAUGCCAAUUUUCAAUAUUAGCAUUUGCUGCGAUGCUUCAAGGCCCUAGCGAUUGCCCUGCAAGGUAGGCCUCUGGUGUUGUGCUCAUGCUUCUCUCAGGGUCAGAAGCCCACGGCCCACGGCAAGCAGAAUGAGCAGCAGGGUUCUGUGGCCGCAUCCUGAAGCCGACCUUGCUAAGGCCAUUGGCAUAAAGGGUAAAGGUAAAGGGACCCCUGACCAUUAGGUCCAGUCGUAGCCGACUCUGGGGUUGCGGCGCUCAUCUCGCUUUACUGGCCGAGGGAGCCGGCGUACAGCUUCCGGGUCAUGUGGCCAGCAUGACUAAGCCGCUUCUGGCGAAUCAGAGCAGCGUACGGAAACGCUGUUUACCUUCCCGCCAGAGUGGUACCUAUUUAUCUACUUGCACUUUGACGUGCUUUCGAACUGCUAGGUGGGCAGGAGCAGGGGCCGAGCAACGGGAGGUCACUCCGUCGCGGGGAUUCGAACCGCUGACCUGAUCGGCAAGUCCUAGGCUCUGUGGUUUAACCCACAGCACCACCCACGUCCAGAGCUUUAAAUCACCUGGCGUGCUGCGCCAACCUUGCCAUAGCUCAGUGGUUUAGAGCGCCUGCCUUGCAAGCAGAAGGUCGACGGUUCAAUACCAGGUAGGGCUGGGAGAGGCUCCCUGCCUGAAAUCCCAGAGGACUACUGCCAGGCCAUUACAGAUAGGUAGCCGUGUUGGUCUGCCAUAGUCGAAACAAAAUAAUAAUAAAAAAAUACCUUCCAGUAGCACCUUAGAGACCAACUAAGUUUGUUUAUGGUAUGAGCUUUUGUGUGCAUGCACACUUCUUCAGAUGCACACGAAAGCUCAUACCAAUAACAAACUUAGUUGGUCUCUAAGGUGCUACUGGAAGGAUUUUUAUUUUGCCAGGCCGUUGUUCUCGUCAUUGGACUACAACUCCCAUCGUCCACAGAUAGAAGGGUGCCAUGGUUGGGGAUGAUGGGACCAAAGGUUGAGCAAAGGCUGGAGUGGGCAGUACAUGAGCAAGAUGGGGCACUGGUUCUUCUGACUUGGUAUAAGGCAGCUUUCUAUGAUCCUCUGCUCCAAAUGUGCAAGGGGUAUGUGGGUUGGGGAGAGAGAGUAUUUGUGGAGGAGAAGGCUUUGAAUGGUUGCUAGCCAUGGCGGCUAUGCGCUGCCUCCACUGUCAGAAGCAAGGAUUUGGUGGGAUAACAGUAAAGUUUUAAGCAGGCUUUCCCUGUGCUUGAUCCAGGCAUUUCUGAAAUAUUAACUGUACAUCUAUGGCUGUAUCAUUUAUAUUGUUUUCAUUGUUUCUAGAAAAUGUGCUUUACUUUUGCCUUUGGGGCUGCAAGGCAGUUUAUAAAUUUGCGAAAUAAAUAACAAUAAACCGGAAUCCUCCUCUUGAUGCGCAACUUGGAGAGUGUGCAUGGACUUAGUGGGAUUUUCCUAUUGGGAGGAGGGAUGUGCAAGUGCUGCCCAAAGUUGGAAAGUAGCUAGAAGAUGCCUACAGGAGAUGGUGGUAGUGCCCCAUUUGACUGGCACAUGCAGAGGAGGUGGUUGUUUUUCAGGGCAGAGAGCAGUCCAUGCUCAUAGAAGUUGCAUCUUUUCUUCUUCCUAUUCCCUUUCCCCCUGAUCACCAAGUGCUCUCUAGGAAACCCAGCAAGUGGAAUUAUCCAGAAAUGCCAAUAUUUCCACUGCAACAUAUUAUGGUUUGUAAUCCAGUGACUUGAGUGUAGUGCAUGGGUAGGCAACCUAAGGCCUGGGGGCCAGGGCCGGCCUAGUCGCCUUCUAAAUCUGGCCUGCGGACGGUCUGGGAAUCAGCCUGUUUUUACAUGAGAAGAAUGUGUCCUUUUAUUUAAAAAUGCAUCUCUGGGUUAUUUGUGGGGCCUGCCUGGUGUUUUUACAUGAGUAGAAGGAUGUUUACCUUCCCGCCACAGCAGUACCUAUUUAUCUAUUUGUACUGGCGUGCUUUUGAACUGCUAGGUUGGCAGAAGCUGGGACAGAUCAACAGGAGCUCAUUCCGUCGCGGGGAUUCAAACCAGGCUGACCCCUGGUGUAGUGCAUUGCAGACACAGUGGGUUCAAGAUUAUGGCGUGCCUUUAAUAGAAUCGUAGAGUUUUGGAGUUGGAAGGGUCCAACCCCCUGCAUUUUGAGGAACCUCAACUAAAGCAUCCAUGACAGAUGGCCAUCCGACCUCUGCUUAAAAACCUCCAUGGAAGGAGACUUCACAGUCUCCAGAGGGACUCUGUUCUUUUGUGGUUGGUCUGUCACAUAAAUCAAGGAAUCUUAGUCAGUUGUAAGAGGAUUAAACUGUUCUACAUUUGCCUAUGAAUAAGAUAAUAUUUCUGCAGGUAAAAAUAUACUUGUUUUAUCUUGGCGAAAACCAUUUUAGAAAAGGCGUUCUGUUAUUUUGCUUCCCAUCUGCACUUAAAUUAAAAACAAACUUUUUAGAAAAGCAAGUUGUGCUUCCUGAUACAAGCCAUCCAAACCUUUUGAUUUGCGAAAAGAGUGGUUGUGGUUUAUUAGCUAAAUAUUGCAACUCCCCCCGCCCUUCUUGGGUUCAGUAGAGUUUGUUACAACUUGUAUUCCUAUAAAGAGUUCCUUGUCAAACUCUUCUAGCUGGAUAUUGUGCAAAUCCUUUUUGGAAGUGGUCCACUUCAUUAGAGUGGGGUGGAGACUGGCCUCUUUCUGUGGCUUGGCUUGCUUGCUUGAGUUACCUGGAAUCUUCACAUUUCUUAAUGUGAGGUCUUUGCUUCGCUUCAGCUGUGGUGUGGAUGGAGCUGUGCUCCUAGCUUGUGGUGUGGCUUCAAAGUAGAUUUCUUUUUGGUCUCUUGAUACUAGAAUAAUAUGCAAAUCAUAACAUGUUUUUUUCUGGUUCAGAUCUUGAAUAUCACUCCUAAAAAUGUGCAUUAAGAUCUGAUUUUAUAAUUUAUUUUUUAAAAACGUAUGCUCGGGCCUGAACACAGUAUUCUUUGGAAGUAUCUGUCCUUGAGAAUUCUGGAGAGAGAUAACAUGCUUGCGGAUCUGUGGCACUUCCUCUCUUGUCAAUUCUUGCGGGAGGAGAGAUUCUAAAGGGAAGGAUUUGUCUGUUAGUUGUGCAACUCUCAUUUCCCUUGUGGCUUUUCCGUGGAAACGCAUAUCCGCUAAACAAGCUUGUUGGAUAACAAGGGGCACUAUCUGUUAAUUUGGGUGUCUGCAUUUAUUUAUUUUUUAAUGCAAAGAAACGCAAGCAGUCUUUUCCAUGGGUGUUUCUGCUUACAGAAUAUUCGCUGACGUCUGAAUAUCGAAGGAGCGGAAGCUUCAAUUCAGGCAUGGUGUUUCACAGUGCAAGGGGAUGUUACAGCCAGGACGCGGGUGGCACUGUGAUCUAAACCACUGAGCCUCUUGGGCUUGCCAGUCCGAAGGUCGGUGGUUUGAAUCCCUGCGACGGAGUGAGCUCCCGUUGCUCUGUCCCAGCUUCUGCCGACCUAGCAGUUCGAAAGCACGCCAGUGCAAGUAGAUAAAUAGGCACCGCUGUGGCGGGAAGGUAAACUGCGUCUCUGUGCACUCUGGUUUCCGUCAUGGUGUCCCGUUGCGCCAGAAGCGGUUUAGUCCUGCUGGCCACAUGACCCGGAAAGCUGCCUGUGGACAAACGCCGGCUCCCUCAGCCUGAAAGCGAAAUGAGUGCCGCAACACCACAGUCGCCUUUGGCUGGACUUAACCAUCCAGGGGUCCUAUACCUUUUAAGGUAAAGGGACCCCUGACCAUUAGGUACAGUCGUGACCGACUCUGGGGUUGCGGCGCUCAUCUCGCUUUAUUGGCCGAGGGAGCCGGCGUACAGCUUCCGGGUCAUGUAGCCAACAUGACUAAGCCGCUUCUGGCGAACCAGAGCAGCACACGGAAACGCCAUUUACCUUCCCGCCAGAGCGGUACCUAUUUAUCUACUUGCACUUUGACGUGCUUUUGAACUGCUAGGUUGGCAGGAGCUGGGACCGAGCAACGGGAGCUCACCCUGUCACGGGGAUUCGAACCGCCAACCUUCCGAUUGGCAAGUCCUAGGCUCUGUGGGUUAAACCACAGUGCCACCAGCGUCCCUCACAGCGCUUUGAAGGACCACAUUGGCCCCUGGUGGAGAAUGCAGGGUGCCACCUGGUGUCAGAAGUGACCCAUGCAGUGGGAGACAGAACCUCGGGAGAGAGUGACCCAUGCGUGCCUGCACUUUGGGCUGGAGCGCAAAGAUUCUUGCAGCGCCAAACUUGCACUGCCCUCCUCUCCUGUGUUUCCCUGUAGCUUGCUCAUUCCCUGAAAGCUUUUAUGCCCAGGCAGUAUCCUUUGGGAGGUGACAGGGCAGUGGAUCUCCUGUCAUACUUGGGACCAGAUCUCUCGGGAGGUGUGCCACCGCUGUCGUGCCGCCUCUGUGAUGAGGAAAGUGGAUGGUGUGGAUCGGGGUCAGCAGCCUUUUUCAGCCGUGGGCCGGUCACCGUCCCUCCAACCAUGUGUGGGGCCGGACUAUAUUUUGAAAAAUAAUAAUGAAGGAAUUCUCAUGCCCCACAAAUAACCCAGAGAUGCAUUUUAAAUAAAAAGACACAUUCUACUCAUGUAAAAAACACGCUGAUUCCCGGACCGUCUGCGGGCCAGAUUGAGAAGGCGAUUGGGCCAGAUCCGGCCCCCUGGCCUUAGUUUGCCUACCCAUGUGCAAGAGCCUAUUCGAACCAGGAAGGGCGGAGUAUAAAUAAAAAUUUAUUAUUAUUAUGCCCAUUCAUUCCAGUGGGUCUACUCUGAGUAGGACUCACACUAGCUACAAACCAUAGCCUUCUUGGGCUUCUUUAGAUGUAGGAAUCUUUUCUGCAGGGGUCAGUAAACUUUUCCAGCAGGGGACCGGUCCACUGUCCCUCAGACCUUGUGGGGGGCCGGACUAUAUUUGGGGGGGGGGAGAAAUGAACAAAUUCCCAAGCCCCAGGUUGCCUAUCCCUGGUGUAGACGCUUGUUCAGCCUCUUUUUAUUUUAUUUUUUGGAAACAGCAACAUCACGUGAUGCUGGAACAGAUAGCCAGCCAUCCCUUGUUUGUCUUUGCUGAUUCUGCUGGGCUGGCUUUCUCCAUACAGGGUGGGUCCCUUUCCUAUCUCCUGAGCACACUAGGCAUGAAGAGACAUGGAUGGAGGCUGACCAGAAAUAGCUGCUCUGUUCUUUAGGGACACCCUCAAGCACAAUCCAUGCACAACACAGCGAAAGGAAGUCAGGGGGAGGAAAGGGGAAGGAAGCAGCUGGGAGAUCUGGCAAGAGAGGCAGGAACUGUUCUGGUCAGGAGAGCCUUCAACAGCCCAGUUUCCCUCCCACCAGCCCUAGCCAAAAUGUGAGGGGUGUUGUAGUGCAUCCAAAGGGCACCAGGUUGGCAAAGGCUGAGUUUCAGCAUUAAACCGCCCCCAUGUUGGGAGGAAGACUCGGAACCCCUGUGAAUGUUUGCAUUUUACAAAAAGUUAAAAUCUGCAUGGCUGUUAUCCCUUAGACUGGCCCUCAGGCUAAUUUGGAAAAUGGGUGAUCUCAGGUGUGGUCUCUGAUUUGCAUCUUUGCAAGCCUCCGAGUAAUAGGACAACACAAUGCCCCCCCCAAAAGGAAGGGGAUCAUUCAAUGGGAAUGUGAAGGCGUUUCAGAGGCCUAAUCCGGUUGGUUUAAUCCGGCCCCCUGUGUCAGUUUAUUUCUUGGGGGGAAAUCCUAAAAAAACUUUGAUAACAUCAAUCCUAAAAAAAAGGUCAAAAACCUUGGUUGGCCCUUUGGUCUACCCUCACGGCCCUUCAUUUCAUCAAAUCUGGCCCUCUUUGAAAAAAGUUUGGACACCACUGCUGUACAGGCUUGCUUGGGCAUAAAGCCUGCUGAGCUUAAAGUGAGCGUUAAACUAUAAGCUAUAAUUCUUGGGAGGCUCUGUAAUACAUUGUGGGAAAUGAGUAACAACUGUCCCAAGGCAUCCAUGCCUUGAGGAGGAGGCCUGUUGCUUCUCUGUCUGAGUGCCUGCUCUGUCCUUGCUCCUUUCCACUCAGCCUUUUGGGGGGGGGUGAAGCCACAAUGUGUGUGUGCAUUAGUUACGCUUGGCCCAGCCAUUCACGGUGCAGAGGCUUGUUCCCAAGGUAGGCAGGCCUUUAUCUCUGAGUGAGCGGCAGCUCUUGGCUUAUGUCCAGUGUUAGAAACUCAGAUAAAUAAGCUAAUUGCCAAAUAGCACCUUAAAGCUAGGUUAUGGUCACCACGAAAUGUCUAGGCGCCUUUCUUUUGCAAUGUGAUUUUUGUGGUGGUGUUCCUCAUUUCAUUUCUAUACCGCUUUAUAAUUCAAAGAAAAAACCUCAAAGCGGUUUGCAACACAUUAAAAGAAUCCGGAAUAAAACAAAUUCAAGCUUCCAGGAAAAUAUUUCAGAGCCUUCUCUAAGUGAUAUUUUGCUUUCCCCAUAUUUAUUUACCUAUUUAAUUUAUAUAGCUGCCCCAUAGCAGAAGUACUCUAGGAAGACAGUCUGGUGCAGUGGUUAGAAUGUCAGAGUAGGGCCUGAGAGGUCGGAGAUUAUUUGCCAGCCUGGAAUUCAGAGAUCUCCACAUGGUCGCGAUUGAACCUGUGCCAGUUGCAAAACGCACCUGGCGCCUGGGGAAUUUCGAACAUUGCUUGUGUCCUGAUAAGAAAGGAUACUCCGACAGUGACCAUAGGCAAUUCUCUACCCCUGCACACUGUACAAACAAAUACCCAAGAGCAAAGGGUAUUCUCAGCUGUAAUUUGUUUUUUAAUAAGCAUGUCCCGGGUAUCAGUAGUCUGGAGUAAAGGGACGCCUGACCAUUAGGUCCAGUCGUGACCGACUCUGGGGUUGCGGCGCUCAUCUCGCUUUAUUGGCUGAGGGAGCCGGCGUACAGCUUCUGGGUCAUGUGGCCAGCAUGACUAAGCCACUUCCGGCGAACCAGAGCAGCGCACGGAAAUGCCGUUUACCUUCCUGCUGGAGUGGUACCUAUUUAUCUACUUGCACUUUGAGGUGCUUUCGAACUGCUAGGUUGGCAGGAGCUGGGACCGAGCAACGGGAGCCCACCCCAUCGCGGGGAUUCGAACCACCGACUUUCUGAUCGGCAAGUCCUAGGCUCUGUGGUUUAACCCACAGCGCCACCCGCAUCCCAGUAGUCUGGAGAGUGCUUAUUAAAUCCCAGGUAUCUUUGAUGCUGCUUUCUUCCCUCUCCUACAGAUUCGCUUUAUUCUGAUCCAGAACCGUGCUGGCAAAACGCGUCUGGCCAAGUGGUACAUGCAGUUUGACGAUGACGAGAAGCAGAAACUCAUUGAGGAGGUUCAUGCUGUUGUGACUGUGCGGGACGCAAAGCACACCAACUUUGUCGAGGUAACGUCUCUGUCCGCUCGCGGCUUUCCUUUGCGUAUGAAGCUGUCGUGCUUUUGCCUUCCGCAGGCCGAACUGGCUUCGGCGGAGGGGAUUGAAGGGCAGAGUCUCUUAGGAUCUUUAGCUGUAACAUGGCUUGCCUGGAAGGCUUGGGUUACCUGCCAUCCUUUGCUGUGUGAGCACCCUCUUGCCUGAUCUCUGUGUUUCUGAGUACAGUCAUACCUCAUGUUACAUUCGCUCCAGAUUGCGCGUUUUCAGGUUGCAUCCCGUGGCGACCCGGAAGUAAUGGAAGGGGUUACUUCUGGGUUUUGCCACUCGCGCAUGCACAGACACACAAAAUGACGUCAUGCGCAGAAGCGGCGAAUUGCGACCUGUGCAUGCGCAGACGCGGGUUGCGUUCUUUUCAGGCUGCAAACAGGGCUCCGGAACGGAUCCUGUUCGCAACCAGAGGUACCACUGUACCAGGUGUCACAAAGUCCUGGAGGCAGCUUCCACUACAGCAUAAAACACCAGCAAAAGCCUCUACAGUGGUACCUUGGGUUACAUACACUUCAGGUUACAGACGCUUCAGGUUACAGACUCUGCUAACCCAGAAAUAGUACCUCGGGUUAAGAACUUUGCUUCAGGAUGAGAACAGAAAUCGGGCUCCGGCGGCGCGGCGGCAGCAGGAGGCCCCAUUAGCUAAAGUGGUGCUUCAGGUUAAGAACAGUUUCAGGUUAAGUACGGACCUCUGGAACAAAUUAAGUUCUUAACAAGAGGUACCACUGUAUCUAUCUGUAUUUAUGCCAGUUAGGAAUUUGAAGGACAAGGGGAAGAAGACACUGCUAUUUACUUAUUGAAAGUAUUUUUUAUCCUGCUCUUUGGCUAAAAAGGCUCUCGGAGCAGUUAAAAAACCACCAGGAUUACAAUCUAAAGUAAUCUUAGAAGUGCAUAUUCUCUGAAUGCCAAACUCUGUUACAAUGGAACCUCGGUUUCUGAACGUAAUCCAUUCCGGAAAACCGUUCGACUUCCAAAACGCCCCAAAACCGAGGAUCAAUGGGCGGUUGGCAAAAUCCAUUGAAAAAAUUGAGAAACGCUUCUCGGAAGCCGUUUGACUUCUGAGGCACGUUCAAAAACGGAAGCAAUUACUUCUUGGUUUUUGGUGUUCGGGUUCUGAAUUGUUCAGCUUCCAAGAUGCUCAAUUCCCUUGCUGAAAACCUAGAGAAAACAAUACUUCAGUGAGUUUUGUGUGCCAACACCGUGCACUUUGUUUGAGACCAUAAAGGAUUUCUUCAGAGCACAAACAAAUCCCUGUUUUACCUGUACGCCAUCAGGUGGAAGCAUAUAAAGUGAUUCAUCUAGAGAUCCGUACAGAAAAGCUGUAUUAAUAUCAUGGUGACUAAUGUGUAGAUUUUCUUCUGCAGCUAGCUUAAGCAUAAGCCUAAUGCUUUCAUAUCUCACUGUGGGUGAAUAGGUCUCGUGAUAGUCUUGACCUGGUACCUGUGCAAAACCUCUGGCUACCAAUCUGGCUUUGUGUCUGACUAUCUUGCCAUUUUGAUCUGUCUUCGCUUUGAAGACCCAUUUGCUUCCAAGCAGUUUCAUUCCUGGAACUACUGGAACUAGCUCCCAUGUUUUGUUCCUUUCUAAGGAAUCAAGCUCAGCCUUCAUGGCAUUUAACCAUGGCUCAGCUUCCUUUGAAUCCAAACAACCAAGGGUCCACUGUACUUGUAUUGACACCUGCAGUUGCACAGCAAGCGAGAAUAAAGACCUUUUUAAUGGGUCAUAGAAUCGUAGAACUGUAGAGUUGAAAGGAACCCCAAAGGCUCUGGUUCGGCCCUCUGCAAUGCGGGAAUCCCAGCUAAAGCAUCCAUGACAGAUGGCCCUCCAACCUCUGCCUAUUGAGGUCAUUUUUGUAUAGUCCUUCAACGCUAGGUGGAUAGCAAUAGGAGGCUUUCCCCUUUCCAGUCUCCACAGUCCUACCCUAACCUGCAAUAGACACCAUCUUGUGCUUCUAUCCAGUGAUCGCUAUUUUCACCACCUUUUCUCUCUCUCUCUCUCUCUCCCCCCCCCCAGUUCCGCAACUUCAAAAUUAUCUACAGGCGCUACGCAGGGCUUUAUUUCUGCAUUUGUGUGGAUGUGAACGACAACAACCUCGCCUACCUAGAAGCCAUUCACAACUUUGUGGAGGUGAGUAGUACCUGCAGGCUUAAGUCUGUGCCCUAAGAAUGCCCACGCGUGUGUGCUUUCACACCCAGGCAUGAUAAGCGAUGCCCCAGCGCAGAUGAGGUGGUAAUUAUUUCUGAACGGUACCACUUUAGACUCUGGGUGGAAGAUUGUGCGAUCAAGUGCUCCCGUGCCUGGUUCCCUGUAACCUCAUUUCUCCCAGUGAGGGAACUUCCAGAAGGCCCUCGGAGAUGGACCUCAGUGUCCGGCUGAACAAUGGGGGUGGAGGCACUCCUUCAGGUAUACUGGGCCGAGGCUGUUUAGGUGUUGGUGUUGACCUUUAAAGCCCUAAAUGGCCUCGGUCCUGUAUACCUGAAGGAGCGUCUCCACCCCCAUCGUUCUGCCUGGAUGCUGAGGUCCAGCGCCGAGGGCCUUCUGGCGGUUCCCUCAUUGUGAGAAGCAAAGCUACAGGGAACCAGGCAGAGGGCCUUUUCGGUAGUGGCACCCGCCCUGUGGAACGCCCUCCCAUCAGAUGUCAAAGCGAUAAACAACUACCUGACAUUUAGAAGACAUCUGAAGGCAGCCCUGUUCAGGGAAGUUUUUGAUGUGUGACAUUUUAAUGUAUUUUUAAUCUUUGUUGGAAGCCGCCCAGAGUGGCUGAGGAAACCCAGCCAUAUGGGUGGGGUACAAAUAAUAAAUUAUUGUUGUUGUUGUUGUUGUUAUAUUAGGGCUUUAGAGGUCAGCACCAACGCUUUGAAUUGUGCUUGGAAACGUACUGGGAGCCAAUGUAGGUUUUUCAGGACUGGUGUUAUAUGGUCUCAGCAGCCACUCCCAGUCACCAGCCUAGCCGCCGCGUUCUGGAUUAGUUGUGGUUUCCGGGUCACCUUCAAAGCUGGACCCACGUAGAGUGCAUUGCAGUAGUCCAAGCAGGAGAUAACUCUUUUCAGUUCUAUGUCCUUUUAUUAAGGGACACGCCAGCAUAGGAGUGGAGUGGCAGAGGGGGUACAAGUGAAAGGGGACUGAGCAGAGAGAUGUCCUCUUGUUCUGUUUGUCUUAUGGCGAGGAGGAGGAUUGAGUGACCUGGGGCAGGAGGCGGGAAGCAACCAGGAGGGGUUGUGUCCAUGGCACGCCUUCAGAAAUUGAAGAUGCCCCCCCAGAAAGUUUUCAACCCCUAUCCCAAUGCAGUGGUACCUUGGGUUACAGACGCUUCAGGUUACAGAGACUUCAGGUUACAGACUCCGCUAAUGCAGAAAUAGUGCUUCAGGUUACGAACUUUGCUUCAGGAUGAAAACAGAAAUCGGGCUCCCAUGGCGCAGCAGCAGCAGCAGGAGUCCCCAUUAGCUAAAGUGGUGCUUCAGGUUAAGAACAGUUUCAGGUUAAGAACGGACCUCCAGAACGAAUUAAGUACUUAACCCAAGGUACCACUGUAUUGUCUAUUCAAAGUGGCAGAGCGGGUGGUGCUGUGGGUUAAACCACAAAGCCUAGGACUUGCUGAUCAGAAGGUCGGCGGUUCGAAUCCCAGCGACGGGGUGAGCUCCCAUUGCUCGGUCCCUGCUCCUGCCAACCUAGCAGUUCGAAAGCACGUCAAAGUGCAAGUAGAUAAAUAGGUACCACUCCGGCGGGAAGGUAAACGGCGUUUCCGUACGCUGCUCUGGUUCGCCAGAAGCGGCUUAGUCCUGCUGGCCACAUGACCCGGAAGCUGUACGCCGGCUCCCUCGGCCAAUAAAGCGAGAUGAGCGCCGCAACCCCAGAGUCGGUCACAACUGGACCUAAUGGUCAGGGGUCCCUUUACCUUUUACCACUGUAUUGUCUAUUCAAAGUGGCAGAGAUAAGGGUCUUUUCCUGAUCCUUUUCACUGGACAUGCCAGAACUGUGCAAAAUUAGCGCUCCACCUCUGAGCUAUGACUGGCCUUGCAAAUGUUAGGCACCGUCCUUGCGCAUGACUGUGGCCCCCCAAAAUCAUGACUCCCUUCCUCCUCCUCUCUUCCCAGGUGCUGAAUGAAUAUUUCCACAACGUCUGUGAGCUUGACCUCGUCUUCAACUUCUACAAGGUGGGUUUUUGUUCCCUGACCCUUUUCCAAUAAGGCAGAACGAGGAAGGAAAACAAACCGCGCUUGUGGAUAAAAAAAGAUUGGGGCUCUUGUGUUAUCUAGCCUGACAAUUCAUAUGCCGUAUGAUUACAGGCGCUGCACAAUGAGCUUAAGAGGUAAAUUCAAUGAAAAACUAACCAUGGGAUUGGAAUUGACUUAAAAGGGCCACUGAAAUAAAAGGGGAAGAACGCCGGUUUGGUACACACUCUUGCCAUCCUUAAAGAAAAGGGGUCUUGUGCUUUGCUAAGUCUGUGCACCUACAUGGGUCAUGUGUUCAUUGUCUCUUUAAUGUUGUUAAAUUAAAUUAAAUUAAAUUAAAGCUGCUAUACCAGCUGCACUGGCUCCCGGUGGAGUGCAGGAUCAGGUUCAAGGUGCUGGUUUUAACCUUUAAAGCCCUCUACGGCCUAAGACCCUCAUACCUACAGGACCACCUCUCCUGGUAUGUCCCACGGAGGACCUUACAGUCUUCAAACAAAAACAUCUUGGAGGUCCCAGGCCACAGAGAGGUUAGGCUGGCCUCAACCAGAGCCAGGGCUUUUUUGGCCGUGGCCCCGAUCUGGUGGAACGCUCUGUCACAAGAGACCAGGGCCCUGCGGGACUUGACAUCUUUCCGCAGGGCCUGCAAGACGGAGCUGUUCCACCAGGCCUUUGGCCAAGGCGCCGUCUGACCCCCUCCUUCGGUACUCCUCACAGAACUCUAGCCCAAUGGUUGCCAUGAAUUUGAUUUUGAAUUGAUUUUAAAUUGAAUUGAUUUUAGAAUGUUGUGUUACUUUUAUUGUUGUUAGCCGCUCUGAGCCCGGCUUCGGCUGGGGAGAGUGGGAUAUAAAUAAAAUUUUAUUAUUAUUAUAAAACUAAAAUAAAUACCGUAUUUUUUGCUCUAUAAGACUCACUUUUUCCCUCCAAAAAAGCAAGGAGAAAUGUGUGUGCGUCUUAUGGAGCGAAUGCAGGCUGCGCAGCUAUCCCAGAAGCCAGAACAGCAAGAGAGAUUCCUGCUUUCACUGCGCAGCGAUCCCUCUUGCUGUUCUGGCUUCCGAGAUUCAGAAUAUUUUUUUUCUUGUUUUCCUCCUCCAAAAACUAGGUGCGUCUUGUGGUCUGGUGCGUCUUAUAGAGCGAAAAAUACGGUAAUUGAGGAAAAUGCUGUUUCUGAGACAGUCAGGGCACAGCGCCAGCAAAGAAUGGGGCAGGGUGACCUGCUGGUGCCAGCCCUGCCCACAAGGUGGUGUUAGACAGCUGCCUAAGGCUGCACUUUAUGAAGUUGUAUCUGAUUCAGUGGCCGCUGAAAGAAGCUUCUGUGUUCCUGGCCUCGCUUCUGGCACCUCGAGAGGAGGAGCAGAGAGGGGGUCAAGGAAGGGUGAGGCCUAGGAGUGAGACAUCCAACAGUGAUGGGACUUGAGACGUACCCAGCCUGCAAAAGGCCAAAUUUCCCUGCCAGCUGGAGGCCUAGAAUUCAUGCACCGCAAGGAGUGUGGAGCAAGGAAGAGCUUCCAAGGGGAGGAAAGGCCUUGCUGUGGAGUAGGAGGCAGGAAGAGGGGCCCAGUCCGGACGUUCAGGAAGCUGCAACCAGCUGGGCAAAACCUGGACCUUGCUGGUACCUCCCCGGUGGGUGGGGUUGGAGCAGUGUUGGGUCCUGCACUUGGGCCAUCUGCUACCAGAGGGUGGCUCUGCCUUGCGCCCCUUAAUAAUAAUAAUAAUAAUAAUAAAGUUAUUGUUUAUACCCCGCACAUCUGGCUGGCUUUCCCCAGCCACUCUGGGCAACUUACAACGUACAGUGGUACCUUGGUUCUCAAAUUUAAUCCGUUCCAGGAGUCUGUUCGACUCCCGAAAGGGUUUGAAAACCCAGGUGUGGCUUCCAAUUGGCUGCAGGAGCUUCCUGCACUCAAUUGGAAGCCGCGGCGGACGUUCGUCUUCUGAAAAACGUUCGCAAACCGGAACACUCACUUCCAGGUUUGCGGUGUCCGGGAGCCAAGCAGUUCAGCUACCAAGGUACCACUGUAUGUAAAAAAUAGCAAAAUACAGUGGUACCUCAGGUUACGGACGCUUCAGAUUACAGACGCUUCAGUUUACAGACUCCGCUAACCCAGAAAUAGUACCUCGGGUUAAGAACUUUGCUUCAGGAUGAGAACAGAAAUUGUGAGGCUGCAGCGGGAAGCCCCAUGAGCUAAAGUGGUGCUUCAGGUUAAGAACAGUUUCAGGUUAAGAACAGACCUCCAGAACGAAUUAAGUUCUUAACCCAAGGUACCACUGUAUAAAACAUUAAGAACUUCCUUUGCUCCCUUUUGGAAAGGUGGCAGAGAAGUCCAGACACAUGUUGCUUUGGAUUCUUUAAUAAUAAUAAUAAUAAUAAUAAUAAUAAUAAUAAUAAUAAUAUCUUUAUUGUCAUUGCCCCCUUCGGGGACAACGAAAUUUCCAGGGGAUCCCGCACAGCGCCCCCUUUCUAAGAGGAGGAACGCAUUUAUUUUCUCUGCAGGUUUACACCGUAGUAGACGAGAUGUUCCUAGCCGGCGAGAUCCGAGAGACCAGCCAGACGAAGGUCCUGAAGCAGCUCCUCAUGUUGCAAUCCUUGGAAUGAGGAGCGGAGAAGUAGAUCGCCUCGGAUCUCCCCCCUGGCAAGAUCCUGCCGCUACCCCCCCCCCCAGGGCUCAUCUCUCUUCACCCCGGUCCCCUGAAUCAGUGACUUGCCCAGAGCAAAUUUUUGCCACUUAACCUGUAGCUGGGGGUUUGCGGGAAGCGAGGGGGACAUCUUGAAUUGGCAUUCCUAGUUCGGAUUCCUAGCCACGCUUCCUUCUGCAUGGGCUGAACAUGCGAAGGGGGCGGAGAGGCCGCUGGUUGGGGCUGGGUUGCUUUUCUGGAAAAAGGUGGGAGUGGGGAAGUGGAGAUAGCUGGCGUCACCCCACCCUCCCCGUGCUACCAUCCCAACACAACAUUCUGUCUCUGCCCUUCAAGUCACCAGCCUGCUGCCCCCCCGCACCCCGUCCAUUCACAUAAGAAAAAAACGUGUUGUGCCGCGUCUGCCGUAGAAGAGGGACCAUAAGUGUGUGUGAGUGUGCGUGAUGAGUGUUUGUACUGCCAGUAAAGUGAUGUACCGAUUAAAUAAAGCAUCUAUGGGACACUUAAACCCCCACCAAGAG